AUGAACGAAGAAUCUAUUUUGUGUGUUGGUGAAGAUUACAAUAAACUAUUACGCGACAAUUGCGCAGUAGUGGCAAAGGCAGUGCGUGAUGCAUGGUUAAAAUUGUGUCUUAAAAUACCUGCUGAUAAAGUUUUAUAUGUAGCUGGACCAGAUGAAAAGGCAUUCAUGAUAAGCAGUAGUGGUUUUAUUUUAAUACCGGAAUUGCAAUCAAAUCAAAUUGAAGCAGACACUAGAAUUUUUCUCCAUAUUCAGCACAUUCAAUCAUUUCAACACAUCGCACAAGCGACCAUCCAAGCUACCGACACAGAUGUCCUUGUAUUAGCUAUUGGAUUUGCGGUUGAAUACAGAUUGAAAGUGUACUUUUAUUCCUCAAUGUCUAGAAAGAAAUUAUUCAAAUUUAUUGACUGUUCGUUAAUUGCUCAUCGAUGUAUCGAUUAUUACAAGUUUAAUCCUAAGAUGUGGAUGGUAUUACAUGCACUUAGUGGGUGUGACACUACAUCCUUUAUUCGAAACAUUAGUAAACAAAAAAUAUUUAAAACCUUCUUUAAACAGCCUUCAGUUUAUUCUGAAUUGAUCAAUAUGGAUAAACUGCCAACCACCGCUGCUUGUAUGCUAAGUGCGGAACAACUGCUAAUCGAAUGUACAAGUUUAGCGUCACCAAAUUUGGAUGAACUCCGUACUAUUCAAGCCAUAUCACAUUUAAGAUCUACUUCGUCGAAAUCGUUCUUGGAUACAUUGUUACCAACAACAAAUGCAUUUCAAUAUCAUUGUAAGCGAGUAUCAUUACAGUGCAAUAUUUGGUUUCAGUCAUUACUCAAUGAUAUCAGUUAUCCUCCUCUAAAUGGUAAUGGAUAUUGUUUAGUUGAUGGUGAUAUCGCCAUUGAAUGGAAAUCAACACCAUCAAUGCCUGAUACGACUCUCCUUAUAACAUGCAAUUGCCAAACCUAUUGUUCCACGAAAAGAUGUAAAUGUUUUAAAUAUCAACUCAAGUGUACAAUUUUGUGCAAGUGUAAAAGCUGUGAAAACCGACAACUUAACACUCAACCGUAUUUUCUACCUCAACAAUCUGCCAGAAAGAUCUGUGCAUAUGAUAAAGACUCUUCUGAUGAUUCUGAAUUCGAUGACAGAGAGACUGACGAUGAUGAAGAUAAAGAUAAAGAUGAAAGUGAUUCUUCGAUCGAAUACUUCAACGAUGAUGUUUAUGGUGAUCCUCUACCACAACCAUUCUCAGUGGAAUAUGAUUUUCCGACCCAGUUAUCGAUAGAAUAUGACGAUCCAACUCUUGAAAACGAUAUCCAUUCAUUCUUGUUGUCAUCGGAUGAGUGGUAG